CUCAAGAGGGUUUUUUUCUUUUUGCUCCACUUUAUACAACCAUGGAUCAAAGUUCUCGAGAUAACACAGUAUUAGGGUUUAUUGUCCCUGGUUAGCGGCAGCAGCUCACCGUCCCUGAUUGUCAAGUGCAGAUACAUUUCACUCACACAUGUCUCCGUAGGUGUUUUGGAAAAGGCUGCAGACAUGGAGGGCUUCUACUCUCUGAAGACAGUGGGACAGGAGGAGGCGACCAGCUUCAACCAGUCCUUCAAACUGGUGAAACGGGACACAUGGAGGGACAGGGCUGAGGGACUGUCGGAGCCGUCCUGCUCCCUCAGUGUCGACAAGAUCUCGUACACAGUCAGUGAGCGCUUGGGUCCGUGGUGGGACUUACCCUCCUACAGGAAGAGAUGGACCCGGCAGAUCCUCAAUGACGUCUCGUUCCACGUGGACAGCGGCCAGAUCAUGGGGAUUCUGGGGAAUUCAGGAUCGGGGAAAACCACACUUCUAGACGCGAUUUCUGGAAGGAUCGGAAACAGCGGCGUCCUGUUGGGUGAGGUCUUUAUAAACGGGAGGAAACUGAAGAGAGAAGAGUAUCAGGACUGUUUCUCCUACGUGCUACAGAGCGAUAACCUGCUGAGUUAUCUGACAGUAGAAGAGACUCUGACCUACACGGCGCAGCUCGCUCUGAGGAAACAUUCAGCUGAAGCCAUCAAGAAAAAGGUGUCGGCGGUGAUGGCCGAGCUGAGCCUGACUCACGUGGCCCACAGCGUGAUCGGCGGACGCGUUUUUACCGGGAUUUCAGGCGGAGAGCGGAGAAGAGUGUCGAUAGCGAGCCAACUCCUGCAAGAUCCACGGGUGAUACUGCUGGACGAGCCAACCACAGGCCUGGACAGUAUGACGGCCAAUCAGAUCGUGGUGCUGCUCGCGGAGCUGGCGCGCAGAGACAGGAUCGUCAUCGUGACCAUCCAUCAGCCGCGCUCCGAACUGUUCAGGGUUUUCAGCAGAAUCGCCAUAAUGAGCCGCGGAGAACUCGUGUUUUGUGGCCAACCUCAGGAGAUGGUGGACUUCUUCAGCCAGUGCGGAUACGAGUGUCCCGAGUACUGCAACCCUUUCGAUAUUUACGUGGAUUUCACGUCUGUGGACACGCGCAGCAGUGAACGAGAAGCCGCAACCCUGAGCCGCAUGCGCGAGAUCGCCUCCACGUACCAGCGCUCGGACGUUUAUAUGAACAUGUUGGCCAAAAUAGAGCAGAGUUUACAGCAGUCAGACAAACCGGCCAUCCCCUUUAAGAGCAAAGAAUCACCGAGCGGAGCGGCCAAACUCGAGGUUCUGCUGAGACGAACGGCACGUAACCUGUCCCGGGACCGGAUGGGCGUCCUGAUGCGUCUGUCGCAGAACCUGAUCUACGGGCUGUUUGUGGCGUUCUUCGUGAUGCGUCUGGAUGUGGACGUGGCCAAAGGGGCGAUUCAGGACCGCAUUGGCAUCAUCUACCAGAGCAUCGCCGCGUCGCCCUACACCGGCAUGCUCAACGCUGUAGCGCUCUUCCCUGCGCUGAGAGCGAUCGGGGACCAGGAGAGUCAGGACGGCCUCUACAGCAAAUGGCAGAUGUUUUUGGCGUACGUGUUCCACAUCCUGCCCUUCAGCCUCCUCAGUGUUUGCAUUUUCACUUCCUUCCUUUACUGGACGAUUGGAAUGAACCCCCACACUCUGCGUUUCCUCUGUUACACGGCCGUAGUGCUGGUCCCUCAUAUUAUAGGGGAGCUGCUGACAGUGGUUCUCCUCGGCGUGGUCCAGGAUCCAAACAUGGUGAACACUGGUGUGGCUCUGUUGAAUAUCGCUGGGAUUCUGGUGGGCUCUGGUUUCCUCAGGAGCACGCAGCAGAUGCCUCAGGUCUUUCAGUGGCUCAGUUAUUUGACGUUCCAGAAGUACAGCUGUGAACUGCUCAUCGUCACUGAGUUUUAUGGGCUCAAUUUCUCCUGCAACGAUUCUCAGCCGUUACCAGGAGGCUGUGUGAUCAGUCAGGGCGAUCAGCUCAUUGACCAGGGCUACCCUGGUGCCCUGUCACGUUACACGCUGGACUUCGUCCUCCUCUACGCUUUUCUUCCUGCUCUGCUCUUAUUGGGCAUGAUCAGUUUCAAAAUUAGGGACAGGGUCAUUCGCCACUGAAGCCGCUGCAACAGAAUGA